AUGUUUCUCCCAUCCUCCCAGGAGGCGCAGCUGGAUGGCUGUGGUCUAGACGCUCUGGAUGUUCUCGGGGUUGGAAGAGGCCCCCCAGGACUCCGCAGAAGAGAGCAGAAGGCAAACCGGCCACGAGGAAGCAGGAGCCACACGGAGCUGGGAGGCGCCCUUGCCGGGGAGGCGGAAGCCAGCGAGUCACGGCGCUUGGUGAGCAGCAUCAGCCUCACACGCACACCGAUGCCCGGGUGCCCUGAGCCCGCACUUUCAGAGGCGCAGGCGGAUGUUUGUGCCCCAAGCGCCAGUGCCCAUGAGCCCCAGGGCAGCUGCCCUCCUGCCAGGCUGAGCUCUCAUCUUGGAGGACCGGAGCCCCGGGAAAGUGACGCUGGCCUGGAAAGGGGCCGGAGCUCCACCAUUAAUAGAAGCAAGUACAGCACAGCUAAGGGGUCCGAUCAGACUGAAGUUAGAGGUUACAGGACUCACUGGACAGAGAGGGAGGACAGAGCCCCAUUGGGGACCAGGUCACCUGUCCAGACAGCCCUCCGCUACCAUAAACGUCCCCCAGAGCCUGGCACACAGCAAGAAGUCAACACCUACCUGGAUGUGUGGAGGGAAAAACAUUCCUGCAUCCGUGCUAGACCCAAGUCACCAAGACACCUUUCCAUGGAAAUAGCUGCCUGA